AAUUGCAUGCCCUACAUUUUUCCGAGUGGUAUUUCAGUAGAUACAAUAUUCAUUUUGAUAUGCCUCUAAUAGGACUCUUGUGGUUGUUGGCUGGUAGUCUAAUGAAAACAGAUUCAACAGAUUGGAAACUUGUAUUCAAAAUUGAUGCAAAAGAGAAAAAUAACAAUGUAUAUGAUAUGUUUAUGGACGAUGGGAUAACCUACAAUAUUAAUGACAAUGAUGCACAAAUUGUCAAUAUCUCAAAUGGAAAGCAUUUCAAGUCCGAUAUCAUUAAUUACUGGAAGGAUAUUGACAUCGAACAGGUAAAGGUAGUUAUAUAUAGAGAUGGUCUGGAGCAAGCUUUUUUACAUUUCAAUGGUUCUGGGACAGAUAAGAAAAACUGGUUCAGUCAAUAUGGGCUGCUGAACAGUUCCUAUAUCGAUCUGAAGACUGCCAGUCCUGGUGUCAGCGGUUAUCAUUUUUCAAUUGAAGGUCAUAAGCGCAGGCGCUUCUUUGUGAACAAAUCAUUUGGAGGAUGUCAAAAUGAUGCCGGUUGGUUGCUAGUUGCAGAAGGAGGUUCCUGUAACAUGUUUUACGAACCACUCAAUACACUAACGAUACUAUACAGUCCAACCAACAUAUAUAAGACUAUGAUGGAUAUGUUCACAGAAGGAUACAGAGCAGACACGUUGGGGUUUUUUGUCAAAUUCAAAGCAUCAACAUGCCAGCCGUUAACACACAAAGCUGAUAUCUGUUCCAUCCCUGUGCAGUUAGCAUCUUCCAGCUAUUGCUACAAAUUAUGUAACAAGUCAUUACCAGAAACCAACUUGCAAGACAAAAUUCAGAAACUGGAAAAAGUGCUUACAGUCGAAAGGAAAGCUACUAGUAAAUACAGAAGGUCAAUAACCAGUGCCCCGGACGACAGGUUGUCAUCACAGACCAUGGGUCUAGUUGGAGCACUGUGCAUUGCGCUCGUUGUUGGGUUUAUUGUUAUCCUCGACUGGGUCACCAUUUGUCAGAAAUGUUCAAAGGCAAAUAAGGUGACAACAGUGAAGGAAGGUUGCACUAACGAAGUGAAAAGAGGAAAUCAGCAACAAGAAAAGGCAUGAACAAAGACUUAUGAAAUUGUUCAGAAACCUCCUGGAUAUUGCUAAGAAAAAUUCGAACAAUCUUGGCAUUAAACUGCUUGAAUAUAACAUCAUCCUUCAAUACAGAUUAUUUGAAAAAUUUCGUCAAUCUCCUUAAAACAAAGUACUUGAUUCUCAAUGCUUCACAGUGUCCAUCUCAAUUUGCAUACAUAUGCAUACAGAUAUAUUGCAGCAAUCAGAAAAACAACGUAGUUAGAAUAUUAAACAUUAAAAUCUUACAGAUGUAUUAAUGGCAAAACCCUUUUUUAGAUAACAUAUAUUUUUAUAAGAGGGAUAACAAUUCUAUGUUUUAUAACAUAAUUUAUUGAUUCUUUAUUUGUUGAUUUAUGAGGUAAACGUCUGAAACCAUUACAUCAACUUCAUUUGAACUCUGGUGGAUAGUUGUCUUAUUGGCAAUUAUACCACACCUCCUUCUUUUUUGUAUAAAUCUUGUGCUGCACACAGUUAUAAUCACAGCUGUGUAGUAAACAAUUGUCUUUGGAUUUCAAUAGGGACAGUUGAUUUACGGUUAAACUCAAAACUUCUAAAGAGAAUAACAGUGAACUCGUAUGUAUGCAUUGAUGAUGUAUAUUUUAGUUUUGUGUAAAAUUAUAUGUAUGGUUGUUUUUGAUAAUUAGUAAUAUUAUAUCUAUAUUCAGCCUGAUGGUCAGUGGUUGUCGUUUGUUGGUGUGGUUUAUAGGUGUUUCUCGUUUCUCGUUUCUUAUAUUUGUGACUUGGAUGGAGAGUUAUCUCAUUGGCACUCAUACCACAUUUUCUUAUAUCUAUAGACCGUUGGUUUUCCUGUUUGAAUUGUUUUACACUAGUCAUUUUGGCUUGAUGUUCGGUGUGAGCCAAGGCUCCGUGUUGAAAGCCGUACUUUGACCUAUUAUUGUUAACUUUUAAUACAUUGUGACUUGGAUGUAGAGUUGUCUCAUUGGCACUCAUACCAUAUCUUCUUAUUUAUAUCAUUUACAAAGUGGUGGAAACUUUUGUGUCAGCAGCUGUUACAAAACUUUGUUUGUAAAAUUAAAGCCCUACACAGAUAUUGCAUCAAUAGAAUUUCAUUGGUCUAUACUAUAGGCGGCGAUACAGUACCAACUUCAUGACAGAAAAAUAUAAGCAAUUAUACAUUAUUGCUUAACAGUCAUCUGUAAUGUUUUCAGGAGGAAUUACUACGUCACAUAGAUCUGGAAAAAAACUCAAUGAAAUACGCAUGACGUGAGACGAAAUAGAUAGGAGAAUUGUAGAUUUUGCAUAUAUAGUAUUGAUAUCCAAAAAUAAAUAUUGUUGUGACCUUCUUUCAAUAUUGUUUUCUUGAAUCAUAUGACAUUUGUUAAUAUCAUGGAGUAAAAUAAACAUGAUUGUAUUUUUCAGAUAGUAUACAAAUUGAUAAUUAGACUAAGUGUACUAUGCACUGACAUAUGCAUUACAAGAAUCAACCACAAUAAUAUGUAUUUUAAAACUGAACGUUUUGUGUAUAGUUCAGGAUUUUGCUUUUCUUCUAAUAAACUUCAAUUUGCAUAA